GGGGGGGUGUCGGGCAUGCGCAGAGGCAGAGCUCUCCCGCGGCUGCGCCGUGGGGAUCCGGGGCAGGGGCCGGUGACCUUCGAGGAGGUGGCUGUGUAUUUCACCAGGGAAGAGUGGGCUCUGCUGGACCCCGCUCAGAGAGCCCUCUACAGAGACAUCAUGCAGGAAAACUAUGAGAAUGUGACCUCGCUGGGAUUUCUAGUUUCCAAACCUGAUGUGAUCUCCCAGCUGGAACAAGGGGAAGAGUCAUGGGUCUCAGAUCUCCAGGGUUCAGAGGAAAGAGAGAUCCUGGGAGCUCCCUGCACAGGAGGUGAUGCAAUGGCAUGUAAGAAAGAGGAGCAGAAUUCUCAGCAGGAAAAUGUUGAGCAAAUGGAUGAACACAGACCAUUACUGCGAAGAUCGAAAAGGAAUGUGUCCAGGAGUCAUGUACAGGAAAAAUCCUGUGAGAUUCAGCACAGACCAGAAAAAGAGCAGGGAAACCAGCCAGGGGAGAGAGUGGGGGGUAAAUGUAUUUCCUGUCGGGGAACUCGGAAGGACCUCAAGGAAAGCACAACCCAUCAGGAAAUCCUCAGGGGAAAGACAAAAAAUACAUGUACUGAUUGUGGGAAAAACUUAGGUGACGACUCAGCCCUUAUAAAGCAUCAGAGAAUCCAUACGGGAGAGAGGCCCUACGAAUGCAGUGAGUGUGAGAAAAGCUUCAAUAGCACCUGGUACCUUAUUAGGCAUCUGAGAACCCACACAGGAGAGAGGCCCUAUGAAUGCUGUGAGUGUGGAACUUGCUUCACUAACGGCUCAGCCCUUUCUGAACAUCAGAGAAUCCACACUGGGGAGAGGCCCUAUGAAUGCAGGGAGUGUGGGAAAAACUUCAGUUACAAAUCAAACCUUGUUCAUCAUGAGAGAAUCCACACAGGGGUGAGGCCCUAUCAAUGCCAUGAGUGUGGGAAAAGCUUCACGAGCAGCUCAGCCCUUUCUAAACAUCAGAGAAUCCACACAGGGGAGAGGCCCUAUAAAUGCAGUGAGUGUGGGAAAACCUUCAGUCACAGCUCGCACCUUAUUCCGCAUCAGAGAAUCCACACAGGGGAGAGGCCCUAUGAAUGCAGUGCGUGUGGGAAAACCUUCAAUCACAGCUCGCACCUUAUUACGCAUCAGAGAAUCCACACAGGGGAGAAGCCCUAUGAAUGCCAUGAGUGUGGAAAAUGCUUCACUACCAGCUCAGCCCUUUCUAAACAUCAGAGAAUCCACACAGAGGAGAUGCCCUAAGAAUGCAGUGAGUGUGGGAAAAACUUCAAUUGCAGCUCGCAGCUCACGAGACACCAGAGACUCCACACAGGUGUGAGACCCUAUGAAAGCAGUGAGUGUGGGAAAACCUUCUCUUCCCACUGAGCCCAUGUUAGCCAUCAGAGAAUCUGCAAGGGAUAUCAAUACCAUAAAAACCUCUAGGGUUAUCAAUACUUUUUCUUUAAUACUUUUUCCUGAUUCCCACAUAGUAACUUUUAAAAGCUGUUUGAAGCACCGAUAUCCCUCAGCUUGUCCAGAUGAGUGGCCCAUUUUUGCCUUUUGCAGUUUGACCUCUGUUGACCUGGGACCCAUUUGUCCUUUCUACCCAUUGUCCCAUGAAUAAUUUGAGUGUGCCCUUCCCAUAAGAAACGAGGGAGUAUCACAUUUAUACCAUUCUUCCUAUUGCAAAGUUAUUGCAAGAGUCAACAAUGAUACAGAUUGUAUCAUUGCCAGUUGUUCUCACGUUGUUCUGGGUGGUGCCGAAGAGCAGUUAUAAUGGGAACUUUUCAAAUUAUAUUUAAAUGACGAGGAGCAGGGGCAAGAAAAAAGUAUCAUUUCAGCCUCUGUGAUACUAGAGGGAAAUGUAAAAAGUGACAGAGUCCUGUGGCACCUUUUAGACUAAAAGAUGUAUUGGAGCAUAAGCUUUCCUGGGUGAAUCCCCACUUCGUCAGAUGCAUGUAGUGGAAAUUUCCAGAGGCAGUUAUAAAUAUGCAGGCAAGAAUCGGGCUAGAGAUUAUGAGGUUAGUUCAAUCAGGAAGGAUGAGGCCCUCUUCUAGCAGUUGAGGUGUGAACCCCAAGGGAGGAGAAACUGCUUUUGGAGUUGGCGAGCCAGUCACAGUCUUUGUUUAAUCCUGAGCUGAUGGUGUCAAAUUUGCAAAUGAACUGAAGCUCAGCAGUUUCCCGUUGAAGUCUGGUCCUGAAGUUUUUCUGCUGCAGGAUGGCUAGUUUUAAAUCUGCUGUUGUGUGUCCAGGGAAAUUGAAGUGUUCUCCUACAGGUUUUUAUAUAUUGCCAUUCCUAAUACCUGAUUUGUGUCCAUUUCAAGUGCAGUUCUGUCAACAGAGAGAACUCUCCAAUUUACUGGACAGGCUAACAAAGAAACAGCAGUGAUUUAAAAUCUCCACUGGGAAAUGGUGAACAACAGCAGAACACCAACUAACUGAAGGAAGUGCAUAUGAUCACAGUGCAGUUCAAUUUUUUAAGUCAAUAUUGUCUCAGAUGGCUAUGUUGGCAGGAGAAUCUCUCCUGCUGAUGUAGCGCUAUCUACACAGGAAGUUAGGGCUGUGUAACUAUGUUGCUCAGCUGUGUUGAUUUUUCACGCCCCUGAACAAUAUAGUUAUACUGAUAAAUGUCUUUAGUGUGUACCAGAGAGUUUUUGCUUGUGUUUUCUGCAUUUACAUCACUUCUCCCGUACCUCUUCCUACUUUGGAAGAUUAAAAAGUGUGAAAAGAGAGGUAUUUUUCCUCAUGAUGCAAACAUUCCCACAUAGGAGAUGCCUUCCACCAGCACACAUGGCAGAAGAACCAGAAGUGGUUGGGACCUACGUUGGGAGAAACCACAAAUUGAGCCAAGGUUCAGUUGUUGGCAAUGGGGAUUAAAAGAAAACCAACAUGUAGGACAAGAAUUUGUGAUUCUUGAAUAUGUUGUUGUUACCAAUGAAAAUGAAAUUAUAUGUGAUGUUACUGGUUAAAGGGUAAGAGAACUAAUUGUUUGAUCUGAAUUAUUUUGGAAAACUGAACGUUUUCUUUUUUCAGCCGUACGGGAAAUGAUGGCUAAUCUUCAAAAGUUAAUUUGAUUUAAUUUACCCCCUGUAGUAUAAGGAGUUUUGGUAGAAAACCUCACUCCAAAGGUUGGGGUGGAAGAAUAGGUUUUAGAAAGAGUGUAUAAGAGAAUAUUGGGCCAGUGUAGAUUUUAAUUGUUUCUAUUUUAAAUAGAACAUAUUUUGCUUAGCUUCAAAGUCAAUUUCUAUUAAACGGAAAACUACUGGAGGAGACAAGUUGUAUAACCUUUUUCCCGACUUACACUGUAAGGGUCACUGACUUCACCACUUCUCUAAUUGCAAAGGAAAGGCAUGACAUCUGUCAUAGGAUGUGUCCAGCAGGUAGGAGAGCUGCAAUUGUCAACCAUCAACCAGGCUGAAGUCCGUUGCCUUUCAUAUCAAGAAGCCAUCUAAAGGCUGGUCUACACUGAAAAGCUAUGUUGACAUAGCCACAUUU